GUAGACCGUCCGUCCGCAGGCUGCAGUCCGCUUUUGAGUACGAUGUAGCGACGUUCCACGGUCGAGCCAGCGCGCGGUACACAAACGUUCGCAACAUUGUGACAUGUGCGUCGCCUCCAAAGUCGAUUCCGAAGUUCCGACGACGAAAAACUUGAGCCGCGUUCCGUUUGUGCAUGUCCCGCGUCCCGAAGUGUCCCGAUUUGUUUUGCGUGCACCCGUCUGUCGACCGUCCCAUGUGUUUGUUUACGAUUGUUAGGGGGACGGUUGCCGUUUAAAGGUGGAUAUGUACGCUUACGCGGGGGGCGGCCCCCCUCAUUAUGCGCCGCCACCGACAUACUUGCAGCCGCAUCCGUCGGCCCCACCACCCAAUGUCCAUCAUGUGCAACUGCCACCACCAACUGCUUCCAUGCCACCUCCAGUCACCCAUUAUCCUAAGAAACGAAGGUCAGAUGAAGACGACCCAAGUGGGAGCAAAUACACCAGGAUGGAGGAUGACAGUAUCCAGGACAAGGAAAGGUUUGCGAGUAGGGAGAAUCAUUGCGAAAUUGAGAGACGUCGACGAAACAAGAUGACGGCUUACAUCACCGAGCUGUCAGAUAUGGUACCAACAUGCAGUGCCCUCGCAAGAAAACCUGACAAGCUCACCAUUCUGCGGAUGGCCGUAGCGCAUAUGAAAGCGCUCAGAGAAGUUGAAUUAUCCUGCGAGAAGGCAGUCAUGGAGCAUAUGGCUUUUGGAGAUCGCCUUAAAUCCCCCCAUGCUAAUGGUACCGGCAACACUAGCACCGAUGGCACUUACAAACCAUCAUUUUUGACAGACCAAGAAUUAAAGCAUCUUAUUUUGGAAGCGGCCGACGGUUUCCUGUUCGUUGUCAGUUGUGACAACGGCAGAGUCAUCUACGUAUCAGAUUCGGUGGCACCGGUCUUAAAUUACUCGCAGAGCGAUUGGUACGGUUCUUGUAUAUACGACAAUAUUCAUCCGGAAGAUGUCGAUAAAGUUAGAGAGCAGUUAUCCACUCAGGAACCACAGAACACCGGUCGCAUUUUAGACUUGAAGACUGGCACCGUCAAGAAGGAAGGGCAUCAAUCUUCAAUGAGGCUGUGUAUGGGAUCAAGGAGAGGUUUUAUUUGUCGGAUGAAAAUAGGGAAUUUAUCCCCUGAUAGUAUGAACGUGGGACACCUGAACAGGCUGAAACAACGGAACAGCCUCGGUCCGGGGCGGGAUGGCCAAAAUUUUGCCGUGGUACAUUGCACUGGCUAUAUUAAAAAUUGGCCACCUACAGACAUGUUUACAGGUGUGCAAAUGGAACGUCAAUCUGAAGAAGAUCUGCAUGCAGCAUCUCAUUGUUGUUUGGUGGCAAUAGGUAGAUUACAAGUUACUUCAACACCUAACACAAGUGACUUAUCAGGGUCCAGCAGUAAUGCCGAAUUUAUUUCGCGGCAUUCUAUGGAUGGGAAGUUUACUUUUGUGGACCAGCGGGUUAUUGGGCUUUUAGGUUACAAUCCUGCCGAAUUACUGGCUAAGAGUUGUUUUGACUUCUUUCAUCCAGAGGAUCAAAGCCAUAUGAAGGACAGUUUUGAACAAGUUUUAAAAUUAAAGGGACAAGUUUUGUCAGUCAUGUAUAGAUUCCGAGCCAAGAACAGAGAGUGGAUUUGGUUGCGAACAAGUGCAUUUUCGUUUUUAAACCCAUAUACGGACGAUGUGGAGUAUAUAGUUUGUACGAACACCGCAGCGAAGUCGUUACACUCGACCGGUGAGGCGGCGACCGAAGGUCCGGAACAAGUGAAUUACCAACAACAACCCGGUUUAGAUUAUAGUCUCCAACGGAGGGAUAUCUCGUAUUCACACAUGAUACCAUCCGCUCACAUACAAAGCGAGUACCUACCCAUGACGUCCACGUCGACGAGUUGCAGCGACCGCGGCGAGGACCCGCGGUAUCCGCGUCUCACCACCCUCGACCCCCAACACACGGGUGGACGGCCGGGCAGCAGCCAAAACGUUUACGGCAGCUACGAACAGGCGGCCGCGGCGGCGGCGGCCACCAGUCCGACACCCGCGGCGGCCCCCUGGACCCUGAGACAGGGCCAGACGGCGGCGGCGCCCGCCCAGUACAGUCAGCCGAACGCACGGUCGCCCGGUCCCACCUACACGCAGCUGAGCGUCGGCUCAAGACCGGGCACCGGUCCACCGCCACCGCCUACGCCUUACACGUGGACUAACUGGCAGGCGCAGGCGCAGACGUCCGAAGGUGGGGCGGGCGGUUCGACGGGCGCAGGAACGACGCCCGCCCAACAGCCGCCUGAACUGACGGACAUGUUGCAGAUGCUCGACCAGAGCGGAACAGCUUCGUUCGAGGACUUGAACAUGUUCAGCACCACGUUCGAGUAGACUGUCUGCCCAGCACCGCAUAUCGUUUUGGUCAUUGAUCAUUCCCAUGAUUCUGCCCCUUCCCUCCCGUCUAUUUUUCUAUUGUAAUAUUAAAAAUGAUGAUGAUACACUCGAACUUGACAAAGUGAUCGUCUUUGUAUUAGACGUUAACUAGAAUUCGAAAGAAAUAACAAUACAAGAGAAAACAAUUCCGCCUUUAUUGUACAGUAUAGAGUAUGGUGUAUGGUGAAGUGAUGCGUGUGAGUUGAGGACUUUGUUGCAGAGCACAACUCUUUCUUAUAAGUUCGUGAACCCACAAAAAACUUAUACUUUGUUUGUAACUGUCGUGGCGUCCAGAAUAUAUAGCUUAAGGUCUAGCAUAUUGCUAUAUUAAUUACUCUUAAUAUGUCAGUAAGUAGUCGGUAUACCCAACAUGUUGUUUUAACAUUUUAUCAUCGAUCUGUAUAGAAAGGAAUUCAUUUUGUUUCUGUAACUGUAAAUGCAACCAACAGUAAUGGAGAAAUGGAAACUAUGAAAUUCAUUAUUUUGUUAAUACAGUCAUAAAUACAUACUAACUAAAUAUCUACACGAUUGCCUUGUGCUUUGCAAUGUGGUACAGAAUAGUGAACUUAACAUUGUGUAAAGUACAACGUUACAUUUUUACUUUCUAUCUUUAUUUAAAAUUAUAUGUAUUCUCAAUACAAUUUUUAUUUCUA